AUGACUUCCAACUCCCAAGUUGAUACUGCUGGAUUUAUCACAGUUGGUAGAGAGCAAAAAAACGUCACUGCUGAAAACAAAGAAGAGGCUCCAGUUAAGCCCUUUGACUUUCAGCAAAGUUUUGCUAGAAUUGUCCCUAACACCAAUGUUUUUACUGUAAUUGGAUUUGGCGAGGAAUCAUCCGAAGAGGAUGAAAAAUAUGAACAUCUGGUAGUUGAAGAAGUCGAAGAAGAUUCCUCUGCUUCAGGACAGCCAGAAACUGAAAGUUCUGAGGAUGACAAAACCUUGGAACAAAAUUUGGACCAAAUGGAACGGGAAAUCGGAAGAGACAUUGAAAGAGUAACUACAAAGUCUUCUGAAAUUCCAGUAGAGAUUGAAAAUUGGGCCAUCAUUCUUUUGAAGCCAACUUAUAUUCCAACUACUAUACGAGCACCAUGCAAGAAACCAAAAAUAGUUAGAUUUGCAGAGGUGGAGAUAAUUGAGAUUAACGGAAAGGAGGUAGAUCUCAACACAAAGGAUCCUAAGAAGGACAAUGGAAACAUAGACUCCACACAAAUAAUUGUAAAAUCUCAUGAAUCUGAGAACAGGAGAGAAGGUUCUUGCCAAAAAAGAAUGGCAUAUGAAGCAAAGAAAUUGGAGCUCGAGACGAAGAAAAUGGACCUUAAGAAGAAAAAAAUGGACUUGACAUGGAUAUGA